AUGCUGUUUUCAAUUUUCUUCGUCUUAGUUCUCGUUGCGGUGAUUGAUACAGUACACGCCGAGUCGUGCAAGACAAUUCAAUAUGCCUUUCCAGCAGGAACAGGUGUGAACGAUUCCAGAGCUGAAGCAGUCAAAGCUGCAUAUGUGAGAUCAUGGAAUGAAUAUGCUGGAUACUGCUUUGGGAAUGAUUCUAUUCUCCCAGUCAGUCACGGCUGCCGCGAUGAUCUUGAUGGGUUUGGUGCAACAAUCAUAGAUGGAAUGGACACUGCGAUCAUCAUGGGCCUGACAGACAUCGUCGCAAGACAACUUGAGCAUGCUGCCACUGUAGACUUUUCCAGAUCAUCAUCUGUGCUUGUUGAGUUAUUUGAUAUGAACAUCAGAUACAUUGCUGGUCUUCUGAGUGCUCAUGAUCUGUUGACGAGCGGACUCUUUCCUAAUCCUUACAAUCAAUCUCACAUGGAUGCUCUUAUAACGCAAGCUGCAACUCUUGCCACCAAUCUCAAGCCAUGUUUCGAGACAGGAACAGGUCUGCCGGCAACAUAUGUCAAUUAUACAACCAAGCAGCCAGUUGCUGGAUUUCCGUUGACAAUCGGCAAUACUACCUAUCUAAACGUCACUAAUACUGCACAAGCAGGUACCUUGAUGUUGGAGUGGUACCGCCUUUCAGACAAGACAGGAGACUCCUCAUUUCGAGACUUGGCAGCGAAGGCGGAAUCGUGGCUUCUGAAGCCAAAUCCGCCUCCAAGGUAUCUCAAUUUGGUCGGGACUGCGCUCGACACAAAUACAGGCCAUUUCUUGACCUUUGACGGAGGAUGGAAGAGCGGGGUUGAUAGUUAUUUGGAGUAUCUUGUCAAAACUCACAUUUACAACCCGGCUGAUGACAUCGAAAAUACGUGGAAGAGUUUCUGGAUCACUGCUGUGGAGUCAACUAUAGAGUAUAUUGCUCUUCACCCCUAUGAACAUCCAGAAAUCACUUUCUUGAGUGAGUUGGAUAAUGACGGGAAUAUUAUGUGGUCCAUGGAUGACUACUCUUGCUUUGCAGGCGGAAACCUCAUGCUAGGGGGUACCUAUUUCGAUAGACAGGAUAUCGUUGCGUUGGGGAAGGCAGCAGCAGAGUCUUGCCACGUGACAUACAAUACCACAGUCACAGGCCUUGGUCCUCUAACAUUUGCAUGGUACAAUGCUUCCAACCUCGCAUACGACGCUCAGUACAACAACAACUUUACUACCCGCGCUUACGCUGAGAAGAACGGCUACUUCAUCGAGCUGGCACAGUAUAAUUCCUUCCCCGAAUCAACAGAGUCUAUAUUCUAUGGAUGGCGCAUCACUGGAGACACCAAGUGGCAAGACUACAACUGGGGAAUCUUCCAGGCCCUGAACACGACAAGGACAGAGAAUGCUCCUUAUUGGGAGAUCUCGGACGUCAAUGUACCAUAUGGCGGAGAACCUUAUGACUACUUGUCAAGCUAUUACUUUGCUGAAACGUUGAAGUAUCUUUAUUUGACGUUUACUGAGCCAGAUAUUGUUAGCUUGGAUAGAUUUUCGUUCAACACUGAGUGUCAUCCAAUGUUGAUCCAGGCUGGUACUUGCGCUGUAGAGGAGGCGAAGCGGAAGGGUGAACUCUAA